AGAAGGGAUUGGGGCAGAAGAGAGGGUGGGACCAGUGGGCUCCGCCUCCUCCCCCUGCUCUCAAGCUGGCUGACCUGGUUUCUGCCCGACACCGGUGGAGAAAGAGCACAGGUUGACUGGAUGGUGGGGGAGAUCAGAAGAUUGGGGUAAGGGUGCCCUGGGAGGGGCCAUGGUGCCAAGCCAGUUGUGGGGCAGACUGAAGAAACCAUUUCUCUUCAUGAGCAGUGCCUCCCUCCUCCUGGGGCUGAUUUUGCUGGGCACAGGGCCAAAAGUCGCCCCUGCUGCGUAUUUCUUUCUCAGCCUGGCUGGUUGCUUCCUCUUUGCCUGUCUUCUGGCCUGUUCUCUGGAAUGGGGGUUCCAGUCAAUGCAAAGAUCAAUACAGUCUAUGCAGACAGAGAGCCCAGGGUCCUCAGGCAAUGCACGGGACAAUGCAGCUUUUGAGGUGCCAACCUAUGAAGAGGCCGUGGUGGUGUUGGAAUCACAGGGCCACCACCCCCAACCACUGGAUCAACCACCUCCUUACAGCAGUGUUGCAAUCAUCCCAAGACUUGAUGGAGGACAGCCUAACCAACCAGAGAGUUCUAGGACUGGGCGACUGGCAAGGCGAGUGGGCUCAGAGGGAACUAUGACCCAGUCUGGAAGUCCUGGGAAUGCUCUCAUCAGCAUCCGGCUGCGAGGACCACGAGUUGUGUCCACCGCUCCUGAUCUUCAAAGCUUGAGAGUAACCCCCACAUCGGAACCUCUUACUCCACCCCCUGCCUAUGAGAUCUGUUUAGCACACCCGGAUGAUGAUGAUAACGUUUUCUAUGAGGACAGGUGGACAAUGCCCUAAGUGAAUCUAAGGAGUUAAUUAUUUUUCCCACCCCGAGUUAAUCUUAUUCGCCCAGCAUUUCUUACUGCCUACUACUUCAGGAACAAUUUCUGUCUGGACGUCACACAUGGGGCUUUGAACCCAGAGCAGAAGCAGGUUUAUGGGUCAUUCCCUAGCGAGUGGAGGUGGAGCUGGCACAAUUCAAGUCUUAUGGCAACACGCGAUGACCUACCACCCAAUGUUCAUAAUUUCUACUGCUGGAGGCUGAACGGUAGUGAGGUGAUUCAGAGAAGCUAGUGAAGAAAGGAAAGAGGAGGUAUAUGAGUGACGGACAUGGUGUUCCCAGUGUUCCAGAAGCUGGGUCUCCUUCAGGCCUCUCUGGAAGAUAAUUAUUACCCUGAGACACACGGGAGCCUUCCUGUCACAGAAGGUGCAGAACUUGCACCAUGACACGCCGCAGGUAAAUCCCCAUCACACAGCCCGAUGAACUCCACAGCCUACCAUGCUCUCUCGAUGCAAAGUAAACAAAACCAAGGAAACCAUGCCACCCGCCCUACGC